CUUUCGUCUCUUGCAGGUGGCAAAACCCCACUGCAGUCGUUCCUGGGCAUCGCCGAACAACAUGUGGGUCCCAACAAUGGGGCUCUCAUCACGCAGACGCUGAGCCACGCGAACCCCACCGCCAUCACGCCCGAGGAAUACUUCAACCCCAAUUUUGAGCUGGGCAGCCGGGAUAUGGGGCGACCCAUCGAACUCACCACCAAGACGCAAAAGUUCAAAGCCAAGUUGUGGUUGUGCGAAGACCACCCCUUGUCCCUGGCCGAGCAGGUGGCCCCCAUCAUCGACCUCAUGGCGGUCAGCAACGCCCUCUUUGCCAAACUCCGGGAUUUCAUCACGCUCCGCCUGCCGCCCGGCUUCCCCGUCAAGAUUGAAAUCCCCAUCUUCCACAUCCUCAAUGCCCGCAUCACCUUUGGCAACCUGAACGGCUGCGACGAGCCGGUGGUCUCCCUCCGCGCUACGGGCAGCCCUGGCAGCGAUGCCCCCUCGCCCGGGAGUGACCGGUCCAGCAUUAGCAGCUCAAGCUCCCUCGGCUCCUGCCGCUGCUUUGAGAUGGACCCCUCCCUCUUCGAAGCCCCCCAGGGCUACAGCAUCGUCGGGAGGCACCCAGAGCCAUUGCGGGAGGACGAAGACGACCUUCUGCAGUUUGCCAUUCAGCAGAGCUUGCUAGAGGCGGGCAGUGAAUACGACCAG